AUGAGAGUUGCUGUAUGUCUGGUGGGCAAUUCCACGUUUAAGCUGAUAAAGAAGCAACAUCCUGAGCACAACAUUCGUUUGAACUUUAAAAAAUGGCAUAAUCGUGGUGUCCGUCACGGUGGAAUUGCCCUGGUAUUUCUAGCGAGCAGUUGCUUGGGCUGCAUUUUGGAGGAUCUAAGAAAUGAUGUGAAUGUUCUGAACAGUACUUCUAGUCAACUGGAAGUAGAUGUGAAACAAGUGCAGACGAAUUUAGAGAAUGUAGAAAAGAAACUGAACGGCAGCAUAACUACAGUUUCGGAACAGUUGGAGCAAAAGUAUGACGCAGUGACAGACGAGAUUGCAUCAAAUGCAGAAAAUCAUUUGAAACUGGAGGAAAAAGUUGACGAUAUAAAAAAGGAACUGAACACGACUAUCACACAGCUACACAUGAAAGUAGGUCUUGUUGAAGAGAACUUGGAGAAGAAAUAUGAGGCACUCGAUAACAAUCUACAGGCAAUCAACAAAAACCUGACUAAUCUUGAUGGCGUAGUGGAGGAACUUCAAGAAGAUAUGGAGGACAAGUUCGAAAAGGUUCAAGAACAUUAUGAGGGAGAACUUGUGGAGUUGGAGAACAAACUAGAAGCACUCGAAGAAACCCAAGUCAAAUUGGAGAAACGAAUUGGAGAACUUGAAGCAGACAAGGACAAUGAAAAUGGUGGAACAUGGCGUCUGGGAAUGAACAUAAAUCCAUCUGAUGGACACAUAUUUGGAUACACUGUUGGGUGGGCAACAGGAGACAACAUUGGAAGUGAGGAAGAAGCCCUGACUAAGGACUAUCUGAGUGGAGGAGUUUGGGAUGAACCAGCUAAAUACAUCGCUAUUGUCAGACAUCAACAGGGCGUCCUGGACGCUGUCAAGGUCUUCAAGUUCAGAUACUGGGGCGCUUCUCUUUAUACCAGGUUCGGAACCAAGAACCAGAACCCUGGCAGACAGAUAGUAACAAAAGGAGGACCUAUCCAGGAAUCUAUCUCAGUAAACGCCACAAACUUGGAAGAUGACCCAAUCUUCUCUGUGGACGGAGACUUGGCUUUCAACUGGGCGUUUGGUGAUAACGGCUGCAGAAUAGUCCUCACUGGAGGACACCUCUCUGGAGCUAAUGAAAAUGACGAUAACACUCACGGACUUGGAAACAACUACUACUGCAACCCAAUAACCAACAACAGAUUCAGUACUAGCAGGACAGCUGACGCCUCUGUCAUCCAGGAUUGCAGCUGGAAGAAUGGCUGCAGAGAAGAUGAUGUUAAAGUUCAGGGUAAGGACCACGGGCACAAGUACAAGAACGGACCAGUGUACGGUAACUAUGCUAUCUACGUGUCAAUGGAGGCUGAGUCCUUCCCUCAACCAGGCUACACGCUGGAUCUUGAAAUUGAGAUGUAAAUUAAAACUCUCGAUGAUUCUUAGUUGGGUUUAAGA